AUGUUGAGGCAGAAGGAAAAAAGUGAUUGGUACGGCAGGGCUUCUGGAGAAGCUGACCACACAGAAAGAAAAUCAGGCCGAAUGAAGUCGCCACUGCCCAAUGACGACGCCCUGCUGCUCCAACCUGCUGUGAUUUCCAGGUUCCGUUUGCCGUGCGAAGAAGUUAUGGAAAACUGCAAGUGGAAAGGCGAGCCCUUCAACUGCUGUGACCAGUUCGUGCCACUGGAAACAGAGAUGGGAAUCUGUUUCGCCAUUAACAGCAUACACGCAUCACGAGAAGGAAUAUCGGAGCCGCCACUGGACAUGCGUGUCAACUCCAGCACAGGGCCUGGUUCACUCUACAUCGAGUUUCUGACCAAUGUUGAGGCGUUCGUACUGUCGCGGUACGAGGUGCCGCACAUGAACACAAAGGACCGGAACAUCUUGAGAAUGGAGGGGACCAUGAACCGGCGCCGCGCCUUCACCGUGCAGGAAGUGUUCAACGAGCGGGAUGUGCACGACCUGAGCAUCCGCCAGCGCCGCUGCCGCUUCCCGUACGAGAACAACCUCGCCGUCUACGACAAGUACUCCUACACCGGCUGCAUCGUGCAGUGCCGCAAGGACGCCAUGAUGAAAUUGUGCAACUGCUCCACCCACCAGGUGCCCAAAGCCCGUCCAGAAGAACAUUGCAACCUGAGGGAGAUCCUGUGCAUUGGGAGCCACGAGGACUACCUGUCGGUGAUGCGCAGCAGCACGGGCGUGCGCAAUGCGCUGUUCUGCCCCUGCACGACCAGCUGCGAGGACCAGAUCAUCACCAGCACGUACGGCUCGCUGACGUACAAUAAUUCCAUGGAGCUGAAGUCCACGCUGCUAUUGGAACAACAAAACGUACCAACAGAGAGAUUCAAGCGGUACGUCGUGAGGGGUCCUCUGGACAUGGUCGUGUCCAUGGGUGGAGCGACAGGACUUUUCGUGGGCGCCAGUCUGCUCAGCUUCGCAGAGAUCAUCUACUACUUCACGGCGCGCGCCUACGCCAGCGUGAUGCUCAAACGACGCUCAAAGGAGGAGGAGCAAAAGCAAGGCCCGCUGCUGCCGCUGAAGCGCCGCCGAAAUGUCUCCAAGUCACUGCUGGCCACCCGCACCAACAACUAA